AUGGCGUCUUCAGCUCUCUCCAGGAUUGCUAAUCUCCGAAGACACUUCAAUCCUUCAAAUCCCACCUCAAAGGGUGAAGGACUGAUGAAGAUGUCCCCAGAAGUUUCGGAAGCUUUAACGCGUGGGAAACCAGUGGUUGCUCUAGAAUCCACCAUAAUUUCUCAUGGGAUGCCAUAUCCUCUAAAUGUGGGGACAGCAAAAGACGUGGAAGCAAUAGUCAGAGAAAACGGAGCUGUGCCAGCCACCAUCGCUAUUUUGGACGGUGUACCAUGCAUAGGCUUGAGUAUGGAAGAAAUAGAGAGGCUGGCUAAAAUGGGAAGUAAAGCUCGGAAGACAGCUCGCAGGGACAUUGCACAUGUUGUAGCUACUAGAGGAAAUGGUGCAACGACUGUUUCUGCAACAAUGGUUUUUGCUUCUAUGGUUGGGAUUCCAAUAUUUGUUACUGGGGGUAUUGGUGGAGUGCAUAGAUAUGGAGAGAGUACAAUGGAUAUAUCUUCUGAUCUUACGGAGUUAGGAAGGACUCCAAUUGCUGUAAUUUCUGCAGGUGUAAAAUCAAUAUUAGAUAUCCCAAGAACCCUCGAAUAUUUGGAAACUCAAGGGGUUUGCGUUGCAGCAUAUAAGACAGAUGAGUUCCCUGCAUUUUUCACAGAAACAAGUGGCUACAAGGCACCAUGUCAAGUUGAUUCGCCUGAAGAUUGUGCUCGACUAAUAGAUUCAAACAUGAAUCUUGGCAUCAACAGUGGGAUUUUGGUAGCUGUCCCUAUUCCAAAAGAAUACUCUGCUUCAGGAAAUCUUAUCGAGUCUGCAAUACAAAAAGCUCUCAAGGAAGCUCGGGAGCAGAACAUAACCGGCAGUGCAGAAACUCCAUUCUUGCUUGGUAGAGUGAAUGAACUAACUGGAGGAGCCUCUCUUGCUUCAAACAUUGCUGUUGUGAAAAAUAAUGCACACGUUGGUCCUGAGAUUACUGUCUCCCAUGCUCGGCUCCAUAAAAAUAGUUGA